CACCAAUCAGGAGGAACAAGGAAGUACGGCUGUACACAGCGGAGCCGAGUAAAACCGACAAAAAGAAGAAAUGACAUUAACUGCAAACUUUUAUGAUGAAGUCUGAUGCCUCGCGCUACACAGAGAAGGAGGCUCCUGAACCCGCACAGAUCUCAGCUGCUGUUUGUAGAGCAGCCCAGGAAUGGAUCCAGCCACCAGUACGGACCCCAGCCACGAAGCGCCAUUAACCCGAGGGCGCUGGUAUCAGAGCGAGCACGACAAUGCGUCCCUGAUCGCUCCUGGGUGUCUCCUCAGUUUACCACGCUGGAAGAUACAGCAGUAGGAUACGGUGGUCAAAGGAGGAAGAAGAAAAAGAAUCGGCUUCCCACAAGCACUUUAAAUGGAACAUCACACUCAACACAAGUUAGAAGACCAGCUCUUUGCAAAUACCCUGCUUUGCUGUUUGACACAAGUAACUCGGUUCCACUGAGAUGUCGCCAAGGUCUCGGUCGAAAGAGUGCUGUCUCGCGUGACGGGGAUUCUCCAGAAGUACAACCUCCUCAAAGUCACAGGGACGGAAUCGUUUCUCCAGUCAGCCGCAACGAUACGCCAUUGCUGGCGUCUCUAAACAAUCGGAGAAAUAACGCUAGUACGUCAAGAGCUAAAGUAACCCCUAAAAACACUGGUUCUGCAGCAGGGAAACUGACAGCCCCGAACUGCGUUACAGCACGUACGUCUACACCUGACAUUAACGGCGUUCUCACGCCUCCUCACAUACAGACUCCAGAAAUGCCACACUGCGAACGCUUUUUUCUCAGUCUCGUCUUAUCCUCAAAUGCUCCAAGAACCCCUCCGAGAACUGAAAACUUGUUGGUGAAAGACACACCAGAGAGGGACUAUGGGUUGAAAGUGACCUGGAGAAGAAGGAAAAAACUGAUGCGCUUGCUCACAGAGCGAGGUCAGCUCAUGGACACAGAGGCCUUGGUCAGCAAUCAGUGGCCAGGGGUUGUGUAAAUAAUCAUUGAAAACUGAAAUUGUUUUUGACAUACUGUAUGAUUGACCAUGUAUAUGAAUGUAAAAGGAGAGAAUGUUUAAUUUAUUUGUGUUAACGUUUGAAAAUAACUUCUUGAAUGAAAUUUUUUUUUUAUUGUUUAUUUUUUUUAUCAGCACUGUACUCGACCAUGACCAUUACUUACAAAGCCGAUAAAGAAUUGUUUCUUUCACGUGGUUCCUUUGGGAUUUUUGUGUGCUAAAUUUAAUUCUUCAUCAUCUAUUAUAUACACUGCAGACACUUCCUUAAAGUUGCUUCAGUUAGAAAGUGAGUUAGUUUAGCUGUUAAAUUAAGUACUGCAAACAAAGGAGAGAAUAUAGGGUCAAAUAUAUGAUUACCAUGUGCUCUCAUGAAAUAGACUCAGUCCUUAUAUUUAAGUAGACCUGUAGUAGUCUGUUUGUGUUUAUAGUCUGCAGUUCGAUAAUAUUUCUAUUGUAUUUGUUUCUUUUUUUAUCUAGUAGUAUACUCAACCACUGUCCACUUCAUUAGGAACAGCUACACACCCAUGCAGUUAUCUAAUUAACUAACUAACACUAAUAAUUUUUAUCUGUUCGGUUUUGGGUCCGUUUAUGCUUAUUAGAGACUUGGAUUCCUGUUAUGAUGGACAGGAUUGCAACCUAAUGCUGUCAAAGCCCAUCCACCAAGGGUCAAUGUUUUGGGUGUGCUGAGAUGCCCUUCUGACUACCACAGUUGUGAAUAGUGAUUAAAGUUCAGCCAUUAUUCAUCACAUAUACAGCACUGUAAUUAUAUUUUAUGUAUUAUAUUUAUAAACAUAUAAGUGUAUGUAUCAUAUAUAAUAUACACCUAUUUUUUAUUGUUAAUAAUUAU